AAGGAGCGCGGGGACCUGAGCAGCAGCAGCAGCAGCAGCAGCACGCACCCCGCCCCCCCCCCUCUCCCGGGCUUCCUACACCUCCACCUUCCGGACGGGCCACCUCCGAACACUCGUUCCACGGGACGUGACUUGAGAGCCGCCAGGUGUCUCCUGGGGAGUGGAGCUGCUGACCUCACCGGCCUUUUAUAUCCUGAAUCAUGGUGGGAGCACCGAUGAUCUUUGUUCCUGCCCUCAUCAACUCCUAUUUUCCUGCUGCUCUUCCUCCCUGUCCCUCUCCUCCCCUUUCUUAAACUCCCCUCCCCUCCUAUUCUGUGUCUCCCAGCCUCGGGCUUAUUACUCAAACCCACUGAAGGGAGCAACACAGUAGCUGGCAGAGGAUGAAGCGGCUCUGCCUGCCAACACCAGACAGAGGAUAGACGACACAAAAGGACUAGCAAAGGGGAGAGAGAGACAGAGCGGCAACGACCAGUGGAGAGAGCUGCAAUAUAGCUGUGAGAAGCAACGACAACAGUCAAGAUGCCACAUCGAAGGAAAAACACAAGUUUCACUUGAGCGUCAUGAGCUACCAAAGGCGUACCUAACAGAUAUAGAACUGUGGACUUACUUUUUGACAUACUUUUUGGCUCACACACACACACACCCACAAAAAGUUGUGGAGACGCACACUCCUGCUCUCUGGGGCUCAGAGUUAACACUUGCUAUGCCUCUGUAAUACGUGUUAGCCAUGCCAGCCAAAGGGAAGUACCUGCUGAAUGAACAGGAGCUGAAAAAUGAGGCACUGUACCGCAAAUUCUCCUGCAUCAGCCAGUAUCAGCCGCUGGUGCUCCUGCUGGGCCUCUCCAUGCUCUCCUGUGUAAUCCUCAUCAUCCUCUUCUUUGCCCUUCAACUGAGUGCAAAGGAACACUGUGCCUUUGUGAGCGUGGUAAGCGGCAGCCUCUGUGUGUUCCUGGCCGUGUUUGUGCUGGUGUGUACAGAGAUACUCUCACAGCGAUGGAGGCGUCUACUGGGCCUGAUCGUCUGGGCCACACACCUCACCAUGGGCUACACAUUCAUCUUCUGCAGCCCCAUCAUCCUGCCUUGGGACCAGGUGCCUUUCUUCCUCUUCAUCAUCUUCACCGUGUACACCAUGCUGCCGUUCAAGUUGUGGUACGCUGUGGUGCUGAGCGUCAUCUCCUCCCUGUCCCACAUUAUCGCCAUCACAGUGCGCCUCACCAUUUACAGCAACGAGCCCACUCCUUACCUUCCCAACCAGCUGCUGUCCAAUGUGGUGGUGUUUCUGUGUGGUAGCGUGGUCGGUGCCUUCCACAAGGUCCUGAUGGAGAAAACCCUGAGGCAGACCUUCCAGGACACCCUUAGGUGCCUGAGCAUGCGGAUGAAGCUGGAGAUAGAAAAAAGACAACAGGAGAACCUGCUGCAGUCUGUGCUGCCCGUCUAUAUAUCCAUGAAGAUGAAGCUGGCCAUCAUGGAGCGACUGCAAGACUGUAAAGACAAAGCAGAGCAACAGCGACUAGUGAAAGAUAAUAACUUCCACAGCCUUUAUGUCAAGAGGCACGAGAAUGUCAGUAUUCUAUACGCUGACAUUGUUGGCUUCACCCGGUUGGCCAGCGACUGUUCUCCCAAGGAGCUGGUCAUAAUGCUCAAUGAAUUGUUUGGAAAAUUUGAUCAAAUUGCCAAGGAGAACGAAUGCAUGAGAAUUAAGAUCCUGGGAGAUUGCUACUACUGUGUGUCGGGGCUGCCGGUGUCUCUGCCCAAACACGCCAAGAACUGCGUCAAAAUGGGCCUCGACAUGUGUGAAGCCAUCAAGCAGGUACGCGAGGCCACAGGAGUGGAUAUCAACAUGAGAGUGGGCGUGCAUUCAGGCAACGUGCUCUGCGGUGUCAUUGGCCUUCGCAAAUGGCAGUUUGAUGUGUGGUCACAUGACGUCACGCUGGCCAAUCACAUGGAGUCGGGAGGCCUUCCAGGACGUGUCCACAUCACAGAGGCGACUCUGAAGCACCUGAACAAGGCUUAUGAGGUGGAAGAGGGCAACGGCCACAUCAGGGACCCAUAUCUAAAAGAGCUCAAUAUUCGCACCUACCUGGUCAUCGACCCACGGUCUAAGGACCCAUCGCUGAACACCCGCAGUGCUACUAAACCUCGUGUGAAUGAUGGUCUGAAGAUGCGGGCGUCGGUGCGUAUGACCCGUUAUCUGGAAUCCUGGGGGGCCGUCAAACCUUUUGCCCACCUCCAGAGCCCAGAGGGCUUCACCCCAGACACCAUUGUCAAUGGGAAGCCCCGCUGCAAGGACAUCCCAAUGCGAUCGGCCCCCAGCUCCAAGAUCCCUGAGAGCCUUGAUGAGUCUCUAGAGGAACCAUUCUCCUUGCCUGCACCUACAUUCAGCAGCUAUAAGAACAAAUCCCAGAAGAGCAAGUUUGACGAGGAGCUGCACAAUGAGAUGACCACGACCAUCGAUGAGCUCAGCAGCAAGCAGUGGUCUAAGACCGAAGAAAGUGGCAGUUUUGAUCUGUGGUUUCCAAAGAGAGAUCUGGAAAAACAGUACCGAGCCCUGGAUUUGCCGACGUUCAAACACUAUGUCGGCUGUGCCACCUUCAUCUUCCUCUGCAUCUUCGUGAUUCAGCUGUUUGUGACAAAGGAUCGACAGAUGUUGGGAGUGUCAUUCGGCGUGUUGGUCUGUGUGCUGCUGCUGACGCUGGCCAUCUGUUUCGCAGGUCACUUACAGCGCCUGUUUCCUGAGAAGCUGUCUCGCUGCCAGUGGCUGCCAGCUGUGUCGGAGGCGGUGGUGAAGCGGCCGUGCGUGCGUCUCCCUCUGGCCACCAUCACUGCUAUGGUCAUUGUUAUCUUGGCGGUGUUCAACCUGUGCUUCGUCCAGUCUCGUGUGACAGGAAACAUUGCCGACCUGUGUCACACAAACCAUUCCCACGAGCAGGGAUUAGAUGGAAGCCUCUUCUACCUGCCAUACUCUGUAUUCUGCUGUAUCCUCUCCCUCGUUGCAUGUGGAGUCUUCCUCCGCGUGAGCUUUGAGCUCAAAGUGCUCUUCCUCACCCUGGCCUCCACAGUGUACUACGUCAUCAUCCUCAGCACCAAGCGGGAACUCUUUGUGGCCUACGGAAUCGUCCUGUACGCUCAGACCAACGCGAGCUGGAACUGCAGCAGCAGAGACGAUGAAUCCAUCCUGAGGUGGAUCGGCCUGGUGAAACACCCCCAGGUGAUGAGCUGCAUAUACAUCACCCUCUUCCUGGUGACUAUGCUCAUCAUCUCACAACAGAACGAGUCCAGCUUCCGCCAGGACUUCCUGCUCAAGUACAAGAACCACACGGAGCAGGACGAGAUCGAGACCAGGGAGAACCUGAACCGCCUGCUGCUGGAGAACGUGCUGCCGGCCCACGUGGCCGCACUGUUUGUCGGGGAGAACAAAAAGAACGAGGACCUCUACUACAAGUCCUACGACUGUGUGUGCGUGAUGUUCGCCUCGGUGCCGGAUUUCAAAGAAUUUUACACCGAGUGUGAUAUCAACAAGGAGGGACUGGAAUGCCUGAGGCUGCUCAACGAGAUCAUCGCCGACUUCGACGAGCUGCUGUCCAAGCCAAAGUUCAGCGGCGUGGAGAAGAUCAAGACAAUUGGCAGCACUUACAUGGCGGCCGCCGGGCUUAGUGGGACGCCCGGUCAGGAGAACAAUCAGGACAGGGAGAAGCAACAGGCCCAGAUCGGGAACAUGGUGGAGUUUGCCAUCGCCCUGAUUGGCAAGUUGGACGGCAUCAACAGACAUUCCUUCAACAGCUUCCGGCUGCGUGUGGGCAUUAAUCACGGCCCGGUGAUCGCUGGAGUGAUCGGGGCGAGGAAACCUCAGUACGACAUCUGGGGCAACACGGUGAACGUGGCCAGUAGGAUGGAGAGCACCGGGGAGCUGGGAAAGAUCCAGGUAACGGAGGAAACGUCCGACGUGCUGCAGAAACUGGGAUACUCGUGCGAGUGUCGGGGCUUGAUCAACGUCAAAGGGAAAGGCGAGCUGAGGACCUUCUUUUUGUGUACCGACAUGAGCAAGCAGCAAGGCAUGGGGCUGAGCUGAGGCCGGGGCCGUCGCCGACAGUGGACGGAGCUGGAGGGCCGGACUCGUGCACACGAGUCGGCUAGUUUUACAAACUCCUGCACACAAAGUGUUGACACACACCUGACUGUUACACAGCCGCUUCCGCUAUGUCGCUGAAAGGAAAAAUACUGAGGCGUGUUAAGGAAUUCAAAAGGAAGUGGCGCCGCACUCUGUGGUGGAUUGUUGUCUGCUCGGGACUCUUGCCGGGGAGUUGGUCAAGCACGUACAAUCACCAUCUUUAUCUCUUCACGAACACAUUCACGUCCAGUCUCCAUCACUUUUGUACCCUUUUUUUUUGUCUUGAUUUGGAUGUCGUUUGUGAACGGGGAAAAAAAGCCAAAUGCAGUUGGGUCGUUUUUGAAGACCUCUUUGGUCCUUUAUGAACAAAACAUCAGAUUCCGUUUGGAUCAUAUCCUGGAACCCCUGAGGUUUUGCUGUUUGAGAAGGGAUCGGACACUCCGCUCUGUUACUGUGUAAUGAGCAAACACGCGUGAGCCAGUUGGACGAAGCUGUUUCGACGUCAGAAACAAACUCUUCUUCAGACAAAGUUUCUCUUCCCAGCCAAGCUGUAAAUCUGAAGUUCCCUAAGCUCCUUUGUUUAGGUUGAACUUCUCCCCUCAUGUGAAGCUCUUUUAGUUUCCAGCUGUGUAACAUGUGACCAGAUAUUAGCUUUUUCAGGAGUUGAGGAAUCCCUGUGCUGUAUGUACGUCAUCUGUUAGAAAUCAAUUUCUAAUUCUCUCGCUGCCUGUCUGUGUAUAUGCUGCAAUGCAGGAAAUGUGCGACGCUCUCUGCCGUGUCCGUACUGUGACCCCACAACCCGCCCGCUGUGAAUGUUUUUCUGGCUUCGGCCGAGAUGGGUCACCCGACCCGAUCUGGAUUUCUCUGUGUGCCUCUGAACACUUGAUUUGUCUUGUGGCCUUGUCCUUUGAGACCCGUCACCUUGUCUGUAAUUGUGGUUACAUAAUAUUAUCUAGAACAACACUCGGUAGAGCACAUAACUCCGCCAAGGCCCAACAGUCGCCUUACAUUCAGUCAUGCUGCACCGAUUUACACACACUCAUAGAUAUCGGUCCCUUUUAAUAUGCCUGCUUUUUUUCCCCAUCAAGAUCCAUGAAUUAUUCCCUGGGAUACUGGUUGAAGGUGGCUCAAAAGUUCCGCGGAAAUGCGUUCUGUCGUUUUUGCGUAAUUUAACGGAUGUUGGCGAAAACCUUGACUCCUUGGCGGAGGUAAUAAUGUGUUGUUGGCCUUUAUGUGAACAAUUAUGACAUUGGAUUUUGUACAGUUACAGAAUGUAAUAAAUGUUUUCAUAAGUC